UUUUUUUUUUUAUUAAUAUAAAAUUUAAAAUGAAUAACAAAAAGAAUCUCAACAUCAUCUUUUGCAUCAUCAACACAUAAUCGCCGCAUGCCUCCUUUUGGAUCAACUUCAUCUUCGAAAUCUUUAGGAGAUUAUACACACUCACAUCAAGUUGUAGAUAAAUCAACAUAUUCUUGUUUCCCCAUUGGUGAAUGUGAAGCUUGUUCUCCUUUAGAAAAAAAAACACAACCCUAUUGUAUCGAAUUUGGUAAUAAACAAGCAAUACGUUGUGAAUGGGACGAUGCUGAAUUACAAAACAAAAAUCAAACAACAUUUGAUGACGAUGAUGCUAUCUCUUUACCUUCCUUUCGUCCUUGUCGCCAAGUUAAAAGUAUUGAACGAAUGCGUUUUAUAAAAUUCGAGGCUUUCAAUUUGGUAAUGGCUAUUUUAUCACUUGUUAUUUUUAGUUGGAGACAAAAGAAAAUUGCUCGUGAACAAUAUCAAAAGUUAGCACAAAGGAUUGGUAUAACUGUUGUGUAAUAAUAUUAAAAUAGAUACCUGCUAUAUAAAGAAACUUAAACUUUGUUAUAUGUAUAACAUAUUAAAGAAUAUUCUGCCAAAAUAGACAGCUAUGUUAAGAACAUUUAGGCAGUAUUAUGAAUAAGAAAAUAGCUAGUUAAUAGAAUGUUAGCAAAAGAAAAAAAUAAUUCAUUUACUUUGGCCAGAAACAAGGUUGCA